AAUAUCUUACAUGACUAUAUAUUUUUAUAUAUAUUAAGAAGAAUGUAAGAAGAUUCUUAAAAAAAAUACAAACUAAAAAAAAAAAACGGUGAAGUAUGUGUUUUAAUCUUGCCAUCUCUUUUACAUGAAAGAAAGAGUACUUUUUAUCAUAUGUAUUGAAUUUCAUGUCCAACCUCUUUUUUGUUUUCAAAAACGAUUAUGUGCAUAUAAGACAGAGAGACCCACUUUAUAAAAAGAAAAAAAAAAGUAUCAGGCAGCAGGAGGAGAGAGAAAAUGUAUGAUCAGACACAGAUAGAGGCUGCUCCAACUGCUAAUGAUACUCUUACUAGAAAUGAUCCUGCAAUAAAAAACAACCAUUCUCAAGAAUGUAAUUCCUCAAUAGAAUUUCAAAACCCUAAUUAUGGCAAUCCUCCUUUUAGUACCCAUUUUCCUUUAUUACCCAACUGCAGUAGUACUAGUACUACUCAAUCUGGUGAUUCCAAAACUUGGGUCCCCACAAAUAUGAACCAACACCUUGACCAUAACAACAAUCAUGAAAUGGGUUUUACCCAUUUUGAUGAAAACUUGCAACCUACAACUGAUUUUCUCACACUUUUAAACAUACCCAGAUUCUCUUUUCAACCCACCCAACAAUCUCUUUCACCUUUGAGCUUUUUAGGUGAGAUUAGCCCUGCUAUGAUGAUGGAUUAUCCAUCUGGGUGUGGAUCGUCUAAUACCUUUUCUCAUGACCCAACAAAUACACCAUAUGAGUCGAAUUCGUUUCGUCUCAACUUACCAUUUCAACCAUCACUACUUCAUCCUCAUGGGUAUGGGUAUGAUAAUACUCCUGGAAGAGGGAAUGGUGGUAAUGAACAUGUUGGGAAUGGGAAUUCAUCUGCUUUGUUUGGGGCAUUGGAGGAUGGUAAUCAUCAUUACUUUCAUGGGAAUAAUGGGGUUUUUGAGUUUUGUAAAGGAGAUGAUAAAGUGAGUAAAUCCCCUAAGAGUUCUGCAUCUGAGAAACAAAGAAGGCAAAACUUCACUGACAAGUAUACAGAUCUUAAGAAUCUGAUUCCCAAUCAAACCAAGACUGACAGAGCAUCAAUAAUUUUGGAUGCAAUAACACACAUUCAUGAGCUGAGAAGAACAGUAAAAGAGCUAAAACUCCUGGUUGAAAAGAAAAGAAUUUCCAAGAAUAGGAUGAAGAGGCAUAAGAGUACUACUGAGGAUACUCAUAGCGGUGGCAGUAACUGUAACGAUGGCGCGGCCGUGGUAAAACCCGACCCAGAUGGGGACUUCGAUGGGUUAGCUGCUAACCAACUCCGAAGCUCAUGGAUCCAAAGGAAGUGUAAGGACACACAAGUCGAUGUUCGAAUUGUAGACGAUGAUGUGACCAUUAAGCUUGUGCAGCGCAAGAAGAUUAACUGCUUAUUGUCUGUUUCAAGGAAUCUUGAUGAACUUCAGUUGGAUUUACGCCAUGUUGCUGGAGGCUGUGUUGGGGAUUAUUACAGUUAUCUUUUCAAUUCUAAGAUUUGUGACGGGUCAUCAGUGUAUGCAAGUGCAAUUGCAAACAAGCUAAUAGAAGUUGUUGAGAAAGGUUAUGCGGCUGCUUCUGUUGGUGUCGUUGCACCCACUAACAGUUUCUAGCUAGUUUGUUAACUAAGUCGUUAUUGAGUGUUGAUCAUAAUGAUCUACUUACUCCUAACCAACUUCAGUGGUGUUUUGUUGACAUGAUUAUCCUUUCAUCAGCAGUAGUGUGGUACUAAUUAGUAUUAUAUUUAGUUAAUAGUAGUUUAGUAGAUGCUAAUUUGCUUUAUGGUUAAACUUAUAUAUGAGGUCCAAUUAUCAACUUCUUAGGGCACAUAUAUUUCUCUCGCUCGUGUUCACAUAUGUAUAUCAAGAUAAAAAUUUGCAACCAA